AUGGAGACUAGCUUGGCCGGUCCCUAUAUGGGCAACAUUCUCAAUGAGGAUGAUUCUUUCCGUCUCAUCUCACUGGAGCCAGGACACAGCGAUGACCCACUCUCGAUACGCCUUUCGAACACUACUCUCCACAACACGGAAUCCUACGAGGCCAUCUCUUAUGUCUGGGGUGAUGCAAGCAAGCCCGGAUCAGUGCAGAUUUUAGACGAUGAAGAGAAUACAGAAAUACGAAUAGAUGUCACACACAACUGCCAAGCUGCAUUGAAAAACUUGCGAAGAGUGGAUUCGCCUCGAGUAUUGUGGAUUGACUCUAUAUGCAUCAAUCAGUCUUCCUCGGCAGAGAAGACACAUCAGCUCAAUCUCAUGGCUCACAUCUACAAGAAUGCCUCACAAGUUCUUGUAUACCUGGGAGAAGGCACGGCUGUCAGCGACGUCGCGAUGAAGUUCAUCCGUGAACUUGACGAACCCUCUGACUAUGGCGACCGCAACACAAUGGACGAAACCCAAAGCGACACACAAGAUGAACGCACAGCGGUAAACCAUCUUUUUGAAUGUCCAUGGUUCUACCGAGUCUGGGUACUGCAAGAGAUCACCUUUGCGCAAAAGGCCACCGUGAUCUGUGGUAGCCGGCAAGUGGACUGGGAGAGUUUCAAAGAAUUUCACCACUGGAAUGUUAGCGAGCGUUGGGUCCAAAGACUUCCAUAUUCUGUUAGCUAUUCGGCGUUUUGGAUCGCGAAUUCUAGUGUACUUUCGUACGGCGACAGACUAUUGAAAACCCUCAAAGACACGAGAUUUUGUGGCGCCACUGAUCCAAGAGAUAGGCUGUAUGCAAUCCUUCCCUUGACUGAUCGGGAGCAUGAUGAGAUGAUAUCUCGGCUGGCAAAACAAAAUUGGGAGUAUGAUGAGAAAGAAACACAAGAAUUACACCUUCGGCAGCAGCGUCUGGCUAUCCAGCCUAACUAUAACCACUCCGUGAAACAGGUCUACACAGGUCUUGCCAUGGAGCUACUACGUGCUGUUGGUCUCGAUCUUCUCACGUAUGUUGUGGGAAAACCGUCGACAAAUGAUCUUCCAUCUUGGGUCCCGGAUUGGACUACCUCUUCCCCCUACUGGGUAGCCAAGGCACCAAAAGUGCCCAGACAGAAGCCUUUUGCAGGGUUUCCCGAAGGACCUCCAAACCUCAUCUGGGGCUGGAAGAAUGUAUAUCCCCAUCUUAUCAAUACCUGGACGGCUUCUGAAUACAUAUCUUCCAGUGAUGAGAUGUCAACCCAGCUUCAUAUCCGGGCCGUGCGGAUUGGCACAAUAACAAAAGUAGGUGAAGUUUGCGAUAUUGGAAAGAAUUACUUCCCAAUCGGCCAGUGGGCAAGCCUUAUGCCAGAUGAAUCGUAUCUUGAGAGCGGGGACGAGUCUAAACCAGACUAUAAUAACAGUUUGCUAUCUCCGUUCGCCCUAACUCUGGCCCUGGGCGACAUUGUGUAUCCAAUGGCAGUCAAAGCUGUCAUCACAUACAUCAGACGGUACAAUGGGGAGAAUAUUAAACAGCCAGAAAAUGAGUGGGCAGCUUUCGGGAUCCCAAGUAAGGACGAAAAGGAAAGGAUGCCCCUUGCAGAACGUUUCUCAUAUGGCCCGAGCUAUGACAAGCAGGCGCUUUGGAUUCUGAAACAUAGUGAUGGGAAGAGAAUGGCUGUGAUGGAUGAUGGGAGUAUUGGUCUUGCGCCUGAUCGCAGUGAGGUUGGGGAUGUGGUGUUUGUUGUUCAAGGUGCUAGUGUGCCUUUUGUUCUGCGGGCUCUGGGCAGAGACAUUGAGGGCUUAAGGGGUCAAGUAGAGCAAUGCUACAGCCUGGUGGGUGAAGCGGUGGUGCUUGGUGUUAUGGAUGGUGAGAUAUGGGAUCUUGUCGAUAAUGGUAAGAAGGUUGUUGAGAAAGUAGUUAUUAGAUGA